GUUCUUAUCUGGCUUAAUUUCAUUUGAAAGUUUUGUGAUGAUCUCAAAUGUGUCUGCUUAGCUAUCAGUGGCCUUGUAGUCCAACAGCAACUGUAUAAACAAAUAAUGUCAUGAUGUACUUACCAAAUUUGAAAACUCAAUUUAUAUUUCAAUGCUGACUUAGGGCUAGGAAAACUGUCGCGAUAAAUUUAUAAAAACAGACUUGUCGUCUUGCCAUGUAUGAUGGACUUGAGUGUUUGACUGUAAACAAGAAAAGUCCACAUAAUCAUUUGGUCUCCAGUCGACGACAUGUUCGAAUAUUGUUCAGAUACAGAGGAGCAAUGAAGAGAAACAGAUCUAUAUCUCAAAUGCGAGAGUCACAAGGCGCAAUGUACGCUAACAGCCGCAAUAGGAGUUUGAAUCAGAAGGAAAUGGCUGAAAUUACGGAUGCGUUUUUGCGUAACACUUCCAUACAUGGAAUGCGAUACAUAGGACAGCGAAAUAGGCCCAUUUUCGAAAGAAUAUUUUGGAUGUUGCUUGUCGUCGUGGGUUGUGUCAUUUCGGUGUAUGGAUGUUACCUAGAAUGGAUUAAAUGGAGCGAUUCUUCCAUUUUGAUCACUCGUGAUCCGUCAGUUACAACCCACGACCCAAUAAACUUUCCCGUCAUGACUAUCUGCAGUACAAACAAGAUUUCUUCGAGCAAAUUGGAGGCCGUAAUCAACGAACCAAAAUAUAGCUGGAUGAAUUAUUCUUCCAUGGUCAUGGCUAUACGUUACUUGACAAAAUUUGACGGUCUGGUAAGCAACACUGAAGACGACAACUUUCAGCAUUUGCUUCGCGAGCUAAACGAACGCAACAUUGACAUAGAAGAUUUGGUAGAAGUCAUCCAUCAGGUGCACCCUAGAUGCAGUGAUAUGAUUGUCGAUUGUCAGUGGAAAUCAAGUGUUGUUUCCUGUGGUCGCCUCUUAUCACUUCGGAUGACUGAUGAUGGUUUUUGUUGCUCGAUUGACGUGGGUGUCUUCGACAGAGACGAUGAAAAUGGAACCACCGGCACCGUAUACGACUACGGAGUACAUUCCGCCUUUCGAAUCGUCCUUGAUCCUAACGUUAAUGACAAUGUUCUGAGCACCAUUAGCAUUGACGGUUUCAAAAUUUUAUUGCACAACAAAGACGAAUUUCCUGACGUGAUUGAGCGCGGGUUCAUUGUUGGAUCGGGAUAUGAGAAUUACGUGGCUCUUAACAGCUAUUCAGUGAGUUAUACACCUGUCAUCCCAUCUGUUUCGUUCGAAAAGCGCCAAUGCUACGUCGAGGGUGAAGGGAAGCUGAAAUAUAAUUUGAGUGGUCUCCUUUACACCCGUUCCAGUUGCCUUUUCGAGUGUCGCACCGAAAAAAUUCUGGAAGAAUGUCAGUGUAUACCUUACUUUAUUAAAGUAAACGUCUCCGUCCCUAGUUGCCGACUACAAUCUUAUCCUUGUGUCGUCAAAUUUUAUGUUCGAUCCGUUUUAAUGGCAUCGAUUGCUAAUAACUGCAGAUGCCCUGCCACCUGCAAGGAUCAGUGGUUCACGACCCAGAUUUCCUCAGCUCCGUUAUCUCUUUCGGGGUUUUCCUCUUCGAGAACUUUUCAACGCAUAUCCAGUAGAAAGAAUGUGGACGCCAAUUAUAGCGUGAAGCUGAUUGGACUUCGAAUCUUUUUUAAAUACAACGCUGGUGACAGUUUUUCAAUGGAUGUCCCGUUCGGCAACAAAGAACUGAUAGCUUCAAUUGGUGGAAUAUUGGGUCUCGGAUUAGGUUUCAGCAUGAUUAGCGCCAUCGAGUUGUGUUAUUUCUUGUGCUGCGGAUGGUGUUCCCGCAAAAGAAGGAGAAUGUCGGAAUCAACUGACAACUGGGUGUUGCUAGGCGACGUUCAAUUUCCCAUCAAACAUAAGCGGUCGCAUCAGCCUAAAAAAAAUCCCGAUAUUCCUGUCAAGAGAAGAACCAUCGUCAAUACUUGGGUCAAUACUAUCUCCGAUUGAUUCAAUGACACUUAUAAGGGCCUCCAUCAGUAUUAUUAAAUUCUAAAGAGGUCAGUAUGUAUAAUCCUAGUUUUAAUGUGUAAUAUUGAAUAAUAGAUAAUACAUUAGACAAUACGCCACA